AUGGAUCAUACUAAUAACAAGCUUGUGGCUGCUUUGCUGAUGUUCUUCUCAAGCUUCUUGCUGAUGGGUACGUCAAUGGCUGCUUCCAACUACAAUGUCGUCAACUUCGGUGCUAAACCGGACGGUCGAACCGAUUUAACAAAAGCCUUUCUCAGCGCGUGGAAAGCUGCUUGCCGCUCAGCUGCAAGUGUCACAGUAACGGUCCCUAGAGGGAGCUUCUUGUUAAAACCGGUGGAGUUUCGUGGUCCAUGUCGCAGUAGAAUCACGUUUCUGAUCGAUGGAACGAUUGUAGCUCCUUCAGACUACCGUGGUUUAGGUAAUUCCGGUUAUUGGAUCUUAUUCGUUGAAGUUAACCGGAUCUCGAUCAAUGGAGGAACUUUAGAUGCUAGAGGUGCAUCUUUUUGGGCUUGUCGAAAAUCCGGAAAGAGUUGUCCUGGUGGAGCCAGAUCGAUGACGUUUAACUGGGCAAACGACGUCGUAGUGAGCGGCCUAACGUCAAUAAACAGCCAAGUAACACAUUUAGUGAUAAACAGCUGCAACAAUGUAGUUGUCCGGAAAGUGAAGCUAGUGGCUCCAGACCAAAGUCCCAACACAGAUGGCCUCCACGUCCAAGCGUCUACUGGUGUGACCGUAACCGAUAGCACGUUUCAAACAGGAGAUGACUGUAUCUCUAUCGGUCCGGGAACUCGUAACCUCUACAUGUCUAAACUCAACUGCGGUCCAGGCCAUGGAAUCAGUAUUGGGAGUCUAGGGAGAGAUGCUAAUGAAGCUGGGGUACAGAACAUAACGUUGAUAAACUCUGUUUUUUCGGGUUCGGAUAAUGGUGUUCGGAUCAAGACAUGGGCUAGACAAAGCACAGGUUUUGUGAGAAACAUUUUGUUUCAGAAUCUGGUCAUGAAAAACGUUCAGAAUCCAAUCAUUGUUGAUCAGAAUUAUUGUCCGAAUCAUCAAGGCUGUCCUAAACAGGGUUCUGGUGUGAAGAUUAGUCAGGUCGUGUAUAGAAACAUUCAAGGGACAUCUCGAACACAACAAGCUUUAACGUUUGAUUGCAGUCGCAGUAACCCGUGCCAAGCAAUUAGAUUGCAUGACAUUAAACUAACGUUCAACGGACGGUCGGCUACUUCGACGUGUAAGAAUAUUAAAGGAGUCAAGGCUGGUGUGGUAAUGCCACAAGGUUGUCUUUGA